GUACACUUGGUUUCUUGCUUAUCUCUCUCACUCCAUUCAUAUAUACUUAGCCACAAACUAAACUUCCCCUCUAAACUCUAUUCAUCAAUCUUUUCUUGAUGAAGUAAUCACAAAAUCAAUUUUGUUGAUUAAUUAAAUCUCUGUUUAAUCUAUAAAUUAAAUGGUUCAAACAACAACAACAUCUUCAGAAACUCUUCAAAAUUCUUCAACUUCAGUAGCAGACAAGAAAACUUCUCAACAAAAUGGUGAUAACAACAAUCAGAAAUUGAGGGUUUCAGCUCAAAGAGAAGCUGCGAUUCCAAUGGGGGAUUACAAUGGUGCUGAGUACAUAGGGAUUAACGAGGUUCCAUCUCCUAGAACAAAUAAUUCUAAUAAAGUUUCACUUUUGCCAUUAAUUUUCCUUAUUUUCUAUGAGGUUUCUGGUGGUCCUUUUGGUGUUGAGGACACUGUGCAAGCAGCUGGUCCUCUUUUUGCUCUUCUUGGAUUCUUGAUUUUCCCAUUAAUAUGGAGUGUCCCUGAGGCACUUAUUACUGCUGAAAUGGGCACUAUGUUCCCUGAGAAUGGUGGUUAUGUUGUGUGGGUUUCAUCUGCUUUAGGUCCAUAUUGGGGGUUUCAACAAGGUUGGAUGAAAUGGCUGAGUGGAGUCAUUGACAAUGCACUUUACCCUGUUAUGUUCUUAGAUUACCUUAAAUCAGCUAUUCCUGCAUUAGGUGGUGGGCUUCCUAGAAUUAUAGCUGUUUUAGCACUUACUAUGGUUCUCACUUAUAUGAACUAUAGAGGUUUAACGAUUGUCGGAUGGGUAGCUGUAUCGCUUGGUAUAUUGUCGAUGCUACCUUUUGUUGUUAUGGGGCUCAUUUCGAUUCCCAAAAUUAGGCCUGAGAGAUGGUUGGUGGCAGAUGUACAUAGUAUUGAUUGGAACUUGUAUCUGAAUACUCUUUUCUGGAAUUUGAACUAUUGGGAUUCGAUUAGUACUCUUGCUGGAGAAGUACGUAACCCGAAAAAGACUCUGCCUAAGGCUUUGUUUUAUGCUGUGCUUUUAGUUGUGCUGUCUUAUCUUUUCCCUUUACUGAUUGGUACUGGAGCUGUUCCACUCGAACGUGAAUUGUGGACUGAUGGAUAUUUCUCAGAUGUUGCGAAGAUACUUGGUGGAGUUUGGCUUAGAUGUUGGGUUCAAGGGGCUGCUGCAGUAUCAAACAUGGGGAUGUUUGUAGCUGAAAUGAGCAGUGACUCUUUUCAGUUACUUGGUAUGGCUGAGAGGGGAAUGCUCCCUGAGUUCUUCGCAAAGAGAUCUCGCCAUGGAACUCCAGUAUUUGGGAUUCUCUUCUCGGCUUCUGGUGUGGUUUUACUUUCAUGGUUGAGCUUUCAGGAGAUAGUAGCAGCAGAAAAUUUCUUGUAUUGCUUCGGAAUGAUCUUGGAAUUUAUAGCAUUUGUAUGGUUAAGGAUUAAGUAUCCGAAUGCACCACGCCCGUUUAAGAUACCGGGUGGAAUAAUUGGUGCUGUGUUGUUGUGUAUACCUCCAGCCAUUCUCAUCGGUGUUGUAUUGGCCUUCUCUACAAUCAAAAUUAUGAUUGUAAGCCUCGCUGCUGUUGCAAUCGGGUUGGUGUUGCAGCCAUGCAUUAAGCUUAUCGAGAGGAAGAGAUGGUUGAAGUUCUCAACUAGUUCAGAUCUUCCUGAUAUCACAGCACAUGGUCCAUUAAUUCAAUGAUUCUCUAAUGAGCUAUGGCGUUAUAAGGUUUCACUUACAUAACAUCAAUGACAACUGUGUUCAGUGCAGAGUUAUCGUGGGAGUCUAUGGAAAACAGGCAACGCGAACAGAAUUGGUUGUCGAGGUUUUGUACUGUCCCUUUUCUCUUUAAGGAUCUUAUGGUAGCUUCUAAUCUCGUUAGCUGUAUUUGCCAUGGUUUUCUGCCUGUGUGCCUUAGCUACGGUUUCCAGAGCAACUCCAGCAGAAGUGGUUCGUCAAAGGUUGUUUGAUCUGUUUCUCUUAAAGGACGUUAUGGUAGUUUCUAAUUGUCAUUGUAUUUGCUCUGCUCUUGAGAUUAUUAAAGUAAAGUAGCUACCAAUGAUAGUUCAGGGAACUGUGUUAGAAACAGAUGACAAUUGUUUUUUCCUGGAUUUAUCAUGUUACUUGUUUGUAAUGAA